CUACAAGUCCCAUGGGUCCUUGCUCAUAGACUUUUCCAGUAAAGCGUCGUAAAAUUCAGACCCAGACAACUUCUCACGUCAACUGUCUUUAGAAAUUUGUAACACAUUGCUAACAAAACUGACAUUCAGUUUUUGUGAACGCGUUAAAGAUUGUUUCUUCCACCCUCCACUAAAGACCCUGAUGUCUUCAGCUCAUCUUUGGCUGGAAGAUGAUGCGGAACCACAGGUCAGGAAGCAGCAAACUGGAGUUUGUUAUGUACUCUCCUAAUGUGCACUUUAGUAACCCUGAUUUGGGCACAAUUAAUGGGCCCAAAAGAGACUCCCAUCAACUGACUUGUGGAUCUAUGCCAAAUAAAAGCUGGGAGAGAAGAUGUAUGAGGAAGCAGAGGAGAAGGACAAAUGAUGAAACCUUUCGUCCCAAAAGACGAAAGCUGAUGGGAGGCGACGGAGUAGAAAUAGCUGAGUAUCCAAGUGUGAAAGUGAGGCACGGAUGGACUGUGGACUGCACUGCCCCUUCCCCUUCUUCUGAUACCAGCUUGGUUCAGUCACAGACUGAACCCAGGACAGAGGAGAUGGGUCUGCCCUUCACUGCCUCUCACUCUCCAAUAUUCAGAGUUCACACAGAGGUGUCAGGCAUGGAGGUAGAGACAGCUCAGAGGAGACUGCAGGAAAUGGAAGAGAGAAUAACUUUGGAAGAUGAAGGCGAUGAGGAGCUGGAUGUGGAACCAGCUCCACGCAGGCCAGUGUUGGUGAUGUCUGACAGCCUAAGGGAGGGGUUACAGCGUGGGAUUAGUGACAUUCUACCCCAUACAGUGGCACAGUCAGUGAGCCGUUCUUGUAUGGAACUGGUGGUAUGGCGCCCUCCAGAGGACCCUCUCACCCAGAGGCUGAAAGACUCCCUACAAAGACAGCAGCGUAAGCAGCUGUCAGUGAGAAGACAGACUCUCACUCCUAUACCAUCUAUUAGCACCACAUCCCUGCCCCAGUUCACAGCCACCAAUGUGCAAACAUUCAGCCCCCUGUUCAGCAGCCCUGCGUUUCUCAACUCUGGAGAGGAAGACAUGGAGAUAUAGAGGGAAAUCUUUCAAGGAUCUGACUGUAUUCUGUGUACAGAAUAAGCUUUGAACUAAUUCAGACUGCUCAGGCAUCACAAUAUCUGUGAAAAAUGAAGAAUAACCACAAGGGGUGAAGCUUUGCGCAAGUAUCCGAUGAGAUUUUUUUGUACCCUUUUUUUUAAAUUUUUAAUUUUUUUUUUACCUGCUCUUUGACUGUUGGAGAACACUUUCUUUGUAGCUGGGACCUUACUUGCACUAGUAAAAAUGAUAAGUAUCAUAUGUGAACGUCAUUUUUGAUGUUUUUUCCUGCGGUACAUAGGUCAAGUGUGCAGUCACAGUUUUAUAGUCAUUACGUAGCUUAAAGUCUUCUGUUUGCUGUUAAUAGUACUUAUCCUAUAUUAACUAAUUUCUGGUUAAUAUUGCAAGAAACAUAUGUUUUGUCUUUAUACAGUUAUACAUCCAAUAAAAUCAUCUUAUGCCCCAUAGUUUAUUCAUCACCGUCUCCCUUCUAGCUGGUCAUCCUGGCCCAACUUGCUUCAAUAGUGGCAAAAGCAUGACUAUUUCAUUUUAUAUGCAUAAAAAAUACUGUAAGCACUUCAUAUAGUUAUGUUUUUAUAUUAACUAAUAAUCAUUACUUUCUGCUUUUAAUUUGAUUUAGUAUAUAAAAUGUUUUUCCUUAUUUCAGUCGUUGGUUACACACAUGUAAGAAGGGAAGAUGGGAAAUGUGUGCACACCCACAUACAUUCAUUUCAUCUCGUUUCUAGCACUAAUUAGCGCAAAUGUAUCCUCUGCCUCUUUCAGGCAGGUACCAGACAGUGCGUGACUCUGUACUAAUUAACAUUAGAUCAUCCCUUUAGUGUCAAUACACACAUUUUUUCUGGGUCAUUCACAGACAGGGUCAUUAACAGAAAGGCUGUAAUUCUCCAUAGAGAAAUCAAGCUUCAAUUUUCCAUUGAGAUGCAAUGAUUAUUACAUUAGUAUUAGUAAAUGAUAAUUAGAUUAAAAAAUAAUUAAAAAAAAGCUUAAAAGUUUUGGUCACCAUUCACUUGCAUUUUAUGGACCUACAGAACAGAUAUUCUUCAAAAAAAUCUUUAUUGGUGUUCAGCAGAAGAAAGAGUCAGUCAGUGGCAUAACUUGGAUCUUAUGGGACCCAGUGCAAAGAACCUGUCAGGCCCUCUCCUUGGGGAGCCUGGGUCAUGUUGCGGGCCCCCUCUCACCCCGGGCCCUAGGGCGGCUGCCCUCCCUG